AUGCUCACUCUGAUGUUAUUUGUUUUAGUUAUCGCAUUUCUCGUUCUUCCAGCAACAGGCCAGCUCUGCGCCAACGAAUGUAUUGCAACUCGGCAAACCGCAGUUGGUCCAGAAGAAUGUCGCAAGUCAAACGAUUGGGAGUGUGUAUGUCAUAGCGGCGAGUUUCGGAAGAGCAUCGAGUCUUGUCUGGAUACAUUUUGCAUUGAGGGUUGGGGUCCACCGGCUUACAAUACAGCUACAGUCGAUAUUUGUACAAAGGAUGCUGGGGAUAAUCUUGAGUUCAACAAAGAGAAGGCAAUAAUAGCCAUAACAGUAUCUAUGGUUAAUGAACCACCACCAAAGCCAUCACCACCAUCAAUAUCAUCACCAGCAUUACCAUCAUCAUCACCAUCAUCACCACCACAGCCUACUCCUCCUCACCCUCCUCCACCCCCACCGCUGCCGCCACCGCCGCCACCGUCCCCGAAAACUACUACUACCACCACCACCAUAACCACGCAGCUCCCAUCACUACCGCGACGCCCACCAUCUGCUGCUUCUACUACAUUAUCACACUCUUCAACCACUACUGAUAUUCCACCACCACGACGCCCCGCAUCUCCCUUUUCUACUAUUUUACCACAGACCUCUUCAACCAUUACUGCCCAAUCCAUCGAGCCCACCAACGCCGCCACCGCCCAGUCUAUCAAGCCUACCACUUCCACAGAGUGA